AUGGUUGGCCUUGGACCUCGCCCUCCCCCCUCUAGAAAAGGGUCGGGGACGGAAAUUCCGAAGGAUCUUCUCAAGGAAAUCCGUCAACUGGAGGAGAUCUUUACCGUACCGACGGAUAAGCUGAAGGCUAUCACAGAGCACUUCAUUUCUGAGCUUGCCAAGGGCCUUAGCAUUGAAGGCGGUAGCAUUCCGAUGAAUGCGACUUGGGUGAUGUCCUUCCCUGACGGCUAUGAAACAGGAACCUACCUGGCCCUUGAUAUGGGAGGUACUAACCUUAGAGUUUGUCAAAUCACUCUUAGCGACCGAAAGUCUGAGUUUGAUAUCAUUCAAUCGAAGUAUCGAAUGCCCGAAGAGCUCAAAACUGGCAAGAGUGAUGAACUCUGGGAGUACAUCGCCGACUGUCUGAACCAGUUCAUCGAAACACACCAUGGUGAACAGAAAGACUUCGAUAAACUUCCCCUCGGCUUUACAUUCUCAUACCCUGCUACUCAAAACUAUAUUGAUGAAGGUAUUCUGCAGCGUUGGACCAAAGGCUUCGACAUAGACGGAGUUGAAGGAGAGAACGUUGUCCCCAUGCUUGAUGCGGCACUUGCUAAGCGAGGUGUUCCAAUCAAGAUUGCAGCAUUAAUCAAUGACACAACUGGUACUAUGAUUGCAUCCGCGUACACCGACCCCAAGAUGAAGAUUGGUUGCAUUUUUGGAACCGGUUGUAAUGCUGCUUACAUGGAAGAAUGUGGCCAUAUCCCUAAACUCGCUCAUAUGGGACUCCCCGCAGACAUGCCUAUGGCAAUCAAUUGUGAAUGGGGUGCAUUCGACAACGAACACAAAAUUCUGCCUCGUACCAAGUACGAUGUUAGUAUCGAUGAUGAUUCGCCUCGCCCCGGCCAACAGGCCUUUGAGAAAAUGAUUGCAGGCCUCUAUCUUGGAGAGAUUUUCCGUCUUGUCCUUGUUGAUCUGCAUGAUAACAAGGAUAUCCACAUUUUUGAAGGUCAAGAUAUUGCAGCGCUCCGCAAGGCCUACUCUCUCGAUGCUUCGUUUCUGUCUGCUGUUGAAGAGGACCCUUUUGAGAACCUCCAGGAGACAUUUGAUCUCUUCAACUCCAAGCUCAAUCUUGUUUGCACUGCGCCUGAGCUUGAGCUUGUUCGUCGUCUUGCGGAGCUCAUUGGAACCCGUGCCGCUCGUCUAUCUGCAUGCGGCGUUGCAGCUAUCUGCAAGAAGAAGAAUUACGAGACUUGUCACGUUGGUGCGGACGGGUCAGUCUUUAACAAAUAUCCUCACUUCAAGGCACGUGGUGCGUUGGCACUACGAGAGAUCCUCGACUGGCCUGAGAAGAAGGACCCUAAGGAUGAGGACCCCAUUGAAAUUCUUGCUGCUGAAGAUGGUAGCGGUGUUGGAGCUGCCCUAAUUGCGGCACUGACUCUGAAACGUGUUCAGGCGGGUAAUCUGGCGGGCAUUUUAAAGCCAGAGAACUUUCAGUAG